UAGAAGCAAUGAGAAUUUUAUGUAACAUACAAAUUAAAACAAGUAUUGGAAUUAGUUUUAAAAAUCCAUAUAUUUUUGCAAGUGGAAAAAAAUCUGAAAGCCAUUGCUCAGGUUGGCAUGCAAUGACAAGUGUUUGCGAAGAUUUACCACUUGAAAAUAAGAAACAACUUAAUGCAACCACAAACAGACACAGAAUUAGUACUCUGAUGGCUUCUAUUUCAAUGACAGACAGUGAACGGAACCUGUUUUAUGACCACAUGGGUCACAGUGAAGCUAUUAACAAACAUAUUUACCAAGCACCACCAGCAAUAAUGCAGCUCAGUAACACUGGAUUGAGAUUGACAUGCAUUGAUAAAGGUCAACCUUGUGAAACUCCAGCAAAAAUGGCUAAGAAAUAUCAUACAGAACCAAUUUACAAUUAUGAAAAUCAUUACAAGGAUGCAUUUUCAUAUGAGUCAGAUAGUUCAAGAUGUGAUGCUACAAAAGGGAAAGAUUCACAGUUUUCAACUUCUGCUCAAACUGCUGAAGAAGAAUUGAUGCAACCUAGUUCAAGUUUUGAUCCUCAGUUUUUAACUUCUGCUCAAACUGAAGAAAAAGAUUUAGUGCAACAUAGUACAAGUUUUCGUGUUUGCGUGACAAAGAUUGUUUGAAAAUUAAGAACUCUGACUAAAUGAAGAAACUAAAAUUGAUAACUCUGACUAAAAAAGAGCUGAUUUGAUCCAUUCAUACACAACCAUGACCAAAAUGAAUAAAGCAGAACACAACAUGCAGACUCUUCAAAAGCACGGUAGAAGUUAAUUUAAAUAUUUUAGAGAAGCAACAAAUGUCAACAAAAACGUCAUUUCUUUACAACAGACUUUUUGUUAAGUGUAGUUAUAGUUAAUGAUUGUUUUAAAGCUAACGAUCAAUUAGCGUUACUUUUAAAUAUUUACAUAUGUAUAGACGUUUUUGUAUAUAAUAUGAAGACAAAAUUCGUCAGCCGAGAACCAAGAAGCCGUAUGUCCACAUUUUGUGUUUUUUUCUGUUUAUUAUCAAUAAAAAUUCAGCGAUUAAUAGGGUGAGUGUCCAAUAAAUCUAGUCUCAAGAAUGCAAAAAAUUUUAAAAAUAUUUAAAAAAUUAGUUGGAUAUACUGGCAAAAAGUCUUUACAAGUUCAAUUUUAGAACUUGAUUCUCUCGAAAACACAAAAAAUGGACAUAAGGCCUCUUGGUUCUCGGCUGACGAAUUGUAAAUAUGAAGAGUAUUAGUUUGUAUACAAAGUAUGUUGAAUUGUAUUAUAAUAUAUAAGGAGUUUUACGCUUAACUUA